AUGAAUAAAAUCAUAGCCAUCUUGUUUGUUCUAUCUAUUGCAAAUGCUAGAUCAUAUACAUUAUAUAAAUAAUGUGAUUCUGCUUGGGCUAAUGACUAAUUAGGAACAAGUGCAGAUACAAUAUGUAAAGCUGGAUGUUUAGUUUCAUCAAUUGCUAUGAUGUUACAUACUUAUGGAGUAGUAACUGAUGGUACAACAACUCCAAAGACAAUGAAUACAUGGUUAAAAAAGCAUGGAGGAUAUGUUUCUGGUGAUCUGUUUGUUUGGGCUUCAAUAGAACCUCUUGGCUUUAUUUUUUAAGGAUGGUGCACAACUACAUAAGCAACAUGUAAACAUUAUAAUUAUGUUUUAGAUAAAUUUGAUGCUGGAUAUCAUGUUAUUUUGAAUGUCAAUAAUGGUCAUCAUUAUGUGUUGAUGACAUCAUAUUCAGGAAGUACAUUCAAUGUUAAUGAUCCUGGAUAUUCCAAAACUAGUUAUUCAGCUAGUGAAGUAAAAGAGGCAGCCUUUUAUCUUCGUAACAAAGCCAUCUAUUUUAAGAAUCAUGUCUUAAAUAUAUGAGUUAUUCAUUUAAUAACAAUAUAUAGAGAAAAUAUUCAUUAUAAAUUAAAC